AUGAAAAGACCGCAAUGGCGAACACCCCUCUCCUCCGCAAAAUUUGGGGGGGGGCUCGAGGGUUCUGCGCGGCAAAGCGGAGAUUUCAAGAGCUUGCGAGGCAGGUUUUGGGAUUUGUUUGGGCUUCGGGGUUUGGAGGCCUUCUGCGUGUUGUCACGUUCCCUGGGGUUCCGUGUGGAUCUGGGCACCCUGUUCUGCGGGGGACCUCAUUGGGUUAAGGGUUUGGGGCUGACGUUGCUUGUGAACAAGCCCAACAAAAUGCGGCACGGCCAUUUGGGGAUGUCUUCAGUCAUCUUGUCUCGUGCUGGAAAAGAAACGGGGCUUCAGGCUUCCCGGAACGAAUCGACGUCCUUAAGAGUAGAAGCAGCAGAAGCAUGUUGCAAGUUGGGGACCGUGGCGAGGAAGACUACUCAAGAGCAGCGGGAUUGGCUUGGGUCAAAAACAACCUGCUGGCCGACCUUACUUGCAGGCCCAUCAGACGAAGUCUCUGCAGUCGGGGCUCAGCUGGAACCCUAUGCGAAAAACCUGACCCCCUCUGCAAGCCAGUGA